CUGAGGAUGGAGACCAGGGAGGACAAAUCCCUGCGGCACAACCUCGUGGACAAGGUCGUUCUGAGCAGCUCCACGGUGCAGGAAUCCAACAGGGAGGAAAAUCCCCAGAGAUCCCGCAGGAGGAGGGGCUCCAAACCCAUCCCAGGGUGCUCUGAGGAGGAAAGACCCACCCUGUGCCGGGAAGGCGGCCGGAGAUCCAGCCAGGGCUCUGAGCUGGUGGUCCAGGAGCAGCUUCAGGAUGGGGAGAAGCCCUACAAGUGCUUGGAGUGUGGGAAGAGCUUCAGGUCGAGCACCAAACUGAUCUGCCACCAGAUGAUCCACACUGGGGAAUGGCCCUAUCAGUGUGGGGAAUGUGGGAAAGGCUUCAGCUGCAGCUCCCACCUCAUCAUCCACCAGCGCAUCCACACUGGGGAGAGGCCCUAUGAGUGUCCCGAGUGUGGGAAGAGGUUUCGGAUCAGCUCCAGUCUCCUCCUGCACCAGCGGAUUCACAGAGAUGAGAGGCCCUUCCGCUGCCCUGACUGUGGGGAGGGCUUCAAGCAAAACUUCACCCUCAUCACCCACCGGCGCAUCCACACCGGGGAGAGGCCCUACGAGUGUGGGGAAUGUGGGAAGAGCUUCAGCCACAGCAACAGCCUGAUCUGCCACCAGAGGAUCCACACUGGGGAACGUCCCUAUGAGUGUGGGGAGUGUGGGAUGACCUUCAGCCAGAGGUCCCAGCUGACCAUCCACCAGAUGAUCCACACUGGGGAGAGGCCCUAUGAGUGUGGGGAGUGUGGGAAGAGGUUUCAGACCAGCUCCAGUCUCCUCAAGCACCAGCGGAUUCACACGGAUGAGAGGCCCUUCCGCUGCCCCGACUGUAGGAAGGGCUUCAAUCAAAACUCCAACCUCAUCAGGCACCGGCGCAUCCACACUGGGGAGAGGCCUUAUGAGUGUCCCCAGUGUGGGAAGAGCUUCUCCAGGAGAUCUCACUUGACCCAACACCAACAGAGGCACCGGUAAGGGAAGCCCUGUGAGUGCCCCAAGUGCAGGAAGAGCUUUGUGCACUGCCCCAGCUCCAUCCCCCAUCAGAGGACCCACGUUUGGCAGAGCCCUGAUGACCCACGUUCCCAGUGAUCUGUGUUGGGAACACACUGGGCUGGAGGUCAUUUUAUUUUGGUUUCAAUUAUCUUUUGAUUCAUCUUCAUCUAUUUAAAACAGAGAAAUAACAGAGUGGUAAAAAUCAACGAAUUCAUCAAAGGCAUCUCAAACCUCACAUUUUACUAGUGCUUCAAGGGAAUCUGGGAGGUACUUGAGAGUAUUUGGGGGUUGUGGGGUUAUUUGGUGUAAUUGUCUCCAUUUCUUGUCACUCAAAGAGACGAGAGGCUUCUAUCUGUCACCUCAAAACCACUCUAUGCCACUGAAUCCUACUCAAUCCCUCUCCAAAAUUAUUCAAUUCUACAGCCCCUCAGGGUGUGAUGCCUUAAGUUUUAGCUUUCAUAUUUUUCAUAUUCUGCGCUGCCUAGGUUUGUAGUUUUGAACUUCGUAUUAAGUGUUAGUGAGCUCUCUUUACAGAGUAGGUAGACAAAGCAAUUCCUUU